UAUGAGAUAUGAAGACACGUGACUGUAUACACAGCUUUAUAGAUGAUGGAUGUACAAAAGGAAUGUCUAUCGCUGUUUCUCAUGAUCAUAAUUUCUCAGCUUGUGGAUCCUAUAGUGGUGCUGUGAACAUUUACGAACCAUCAGUAUGUCUUAAAUCUAGGUCACCCAAACCAUUAAAAGCAUUAUUGAAUUUAACAACACCUUGUACGAACUUAGUAUUUAAUUCAACAUCAGAAAUAUUAGCUAUGUGUUCAGAUUCUGCAGAAAGAGCAGUAAAAUUAGUACAUGUGCCUUCACAGACAGUGUUCUCUAACUUUCCUGAUAGACUAGAUUCUAAAUUACGUAUCCCUUUGUGUAUGGACUUCUCCAGAAAUAGUGGUUACUUUACAGUUGGCACAAACAAGGGUUUAGCCCUACUUUACAGAGUGAAGCACUACAGCACCUACUAGUAAUAUCUAUAAAAUUAAGAUAGACAUGCAGGUCAUCUAAAUGCAGAUUAAGAUUGGUGAGCGUCAAAUAACACCAGUUCCAACACAUACAUUGGACUGUAUAAGCUUGUUACUUGAUACUAUAUACAGAGAACAGACAUCCAGUUUUAUUACCAUAAAGAAGUGAACUUUGGAAUGUUUAUGUUGAUAUAUAUUGAUUUACAUUUUAACGAUGAUCA